AUGCACGCAAUUGACACAAUAAGAAUCAGAGAGGAAAAGAAGAAGAGAAAGCUGAUUGCAGAGACAGAAUUUCAUUCAUUAGCCAAAGUCUUGUUACAGAAGGAAGAUGCUGGGGAUGAAGAGGAAGAUGUUAAUACCGAGGAUUUUCCAGAGGAGGUGAAUCCAGCGGAAAAAUUUGAAACUACAGAGGGCAAGCAAGAGUUCAUUAAAAGAAGUCCUAUAGAAGAAAAGAAUCCAAAAUCCAAUGAUGAAGUGGUCAAUAGGCUUGAAAAGAAGAAGAGCGAUGGGUUAAUAAAGGAAGCUGCUAUGGCUGGUAAGCUUGGUGUUUGCUACUUGAGUCGAAUUCCUCCCCACAUGGAUCAUGUGAAGCUUCAAUAUGGAGAAAUACAGAGGAUCAACCUUUCAUCUGAAGAUCCUACUACUAUAGUAAAUCGCAAAUGA